AUGGACUCUUACUAUGAUAACCCAGAAAACUUAACAGGGGAAGAGUGUGAAGAUCCCCACUGUCAUGGUUGCCAAAAGCCUAUUGAAGAUGGGUCAGUUGUUCAGUUUGGUGAUGGCAUUUGGCACUUUGAGUGUUUCCGUUGUGCCAAGUGUCAAAAACUUGUUGAGUGUUAUAGUAACCUGUUGUUGCUAAGAGACGGUAGUCCUAUUUGUGAAGACUGUUCCUAUAGUUGCAGUGCUUGUCACAAGACAAUUAAAGACGAAGCUAUCAUGACAGGCGACGAAGCGUAUCAUGCAGGCUGUUUCCGCUGUAUUCAAUGUAGCAAAAAGAUCGAUGACUUGGUCUUUACACAGACAAGCAAGGGUAUUUAUUGUACCAAAUGCCACGAGACAAGGAAACAACUUAAACUAAAAAGACGAGACGAACGAAACAAUAGUAAGAACAUCACUGCCGAAAAUGGAAAAUUAGCACCUAAUGCUCCUGCUCGACCAACAUUUUCUGGAUUUCGAAGUUCUUCUACUACGUCCAUUGUCAAUGCUUAUAUUGAAGAUACAUUCAAACCACCCGUUGUUGAAUCAAACGAUAUUUCUGCACUUAAUGAUAUGUUAAUGACUCAAAGAAACAGUGAAGAAACAUAUCGUACCUCAAUGGAUGGCAAUAUUGAUAUUGAAGGCUUGGACGAUUCAGCUCAAGUGCGUGAAAUUAAAAGAGAACUAAAUGAGACAAAGAACCGCCUUAAAGAAGUAGCCGGAAAAUUCAACAAGAUCAAGACUAUCAGUAGAAACGCACUUGAUGAGUUUCAUAUGGUGAAAGACUUGUAUGCUACAGAAGUACAGGCAAGACGUGAUGCAGAAACACAAAUUAUCCGAUUAAAGAGCGAACUCAGUUUUUACCAACAAGCUUCUAUCUUUAAUGGACACGAUUUCAUUCAUUACAGCAAAGAAGAAAUUGAAGAAUUAAACACAACACGAACUGAUUUAGAACAAAUUUGUCAUGAUCUCAGAAUGGAACGAGACAGCCUUAUGAGUGAACUUGAGAAGCACUCCAAGAACAUUGAAAAGUUAUUCGCUAGUCAAAAGCCCCAAGACUUGCAUUGGGAAAGACUUCAACAUGCUUACCAGCAGCAGUUGGACUCAAUGCAAAAAGAUAUGGCAUUAGCAAAGACCAGUUAUGCCAAAUUAAUCAAGGGCAGAGAUGACAUUAUUUCUGAUAUGAUUUUACUCAAUUCCAAGAAUGCGGAAUUGACACAGCUCAAUAAUGACUUAUCGCGCCGUGUCAUGGAAAAAGAGCAAGAAGCCAAGGCUGUCUUUGCUGGCAUGAGUUUCCUUACAACACCUGAAGACAACAAAACGACAGAAGCAGCACAUAUUAAACAUAGACGCAACCUGUCUACUGGAUCUAUUGGGAUCAUCAAUCACACCAAUACCAUACCAGACCUCAAGUCCCCUGAAACAGCCAAAUUAGCACAACGUGAUAGUUUUAACGGUUCAGCGGCGCCCAAAUUAUUCAAAUUUAGAAGAAACAAGACUGGUUCCAUCAAGCAUAAGACGAACAACAAAAACGAUGAGAAGAUCAUAUCGAUACCUUAUGACUCCAAAUCUCUCGAGCAGGCCUCAGAGAAGAAAGAGUCUGAACAAAGACAUGCUGGAAAGCAUUAUUUUGUUCAACAAAAGUUCCUUAGACCUGGUAAAUGUGAAUCUUGCGGAGAGAAAAUGUGGCGAGUGAAUGAAUUAAAGUGCGCAGAAUGUGGCAUCUUUUGUCAUUCCAAGUGCGCUUAUAGUGUUCCACAAGCAUGUUACAGAAAGUCAAGUUCUGACACUAAAUCAGACAGUGAUACAGCUCGACUCAUGUUUGGUAAUGAUUUAGUCAAACAAGUACAGGCUGAAAAGGGCAAAAUUCCUUUGAUUGUUGAGAAAUGUAUCGAGUCUGUGGAAGCAAGAGGGAUGGACUAUGAAGGCAUCUAUCGUAAAUCAGGUGGAGUGGGACAAAUGAGACAAAUUCAGCAAGCAUUCGAGAAGGGUGAAAUGCCUAAUUUAAGCGACGAAGAGAAAUGGAAUGAUAUUUGUGCUGUCACUAGUGUUCUCAAGCAGUACUUUAGAGAGCUACCUAAUCCUCUCUUUACUUAUGAAUUACACUCUAAAUUUAUGGAUGCUAUGAUGAUUUCAGAUAGCAAGAAUCAAUUGCAAACAAUGACUCAAUUGAUUCAAACAUUACCUAUUGAAAACUUCAAUACACUCAAGUAUCUUAUGGAGCAUUUGGACAGAGUUCAACAAAGAAACAAGGAAAACUUGAUGACUUCUAAAAACUUGGCUGUUAUUUUUGGUCCUACCCUUUUGCGUGACAAGGAUGAAAACCGUGAUUUACUGGAAAUGAAUCACAAGAUUAAUACGAUUGAAUACAUCCUAAACCAUAUGAAUACUGUCUUUGUGAUUGAGACUAUGAUGGGCAAUGCUAAUACAGCCAUUGGAGCAUUGACAGGUUCAGCAAAUGCAGAUCAUCGUCGUGUUCAUUUACCUCCUUUUCAACGAGGUGAAGACUUGACUGCCUUGUUAAACAACUACCAGAGCAAAACAGAAGAUAAUGGAGCACAAAAACCAUGUUCUGGAAACAUGGACGAUAGCAUCAUAACCUUGCCAGCAGUUCCGCCAAGACAAAAUGCAGGCUACAUAUAG